GAAUAGUUUGAAGAAACAAAGGAGUGACCGACGUUUUCAUAGUUUACUUACAGAGGCAAGACAGAUACCUUGGACUCCUCAUGGUGCUUUAUCUCCUUUCCUUUACAAAUAAAGACGCGUCGUUUGGUGUUGAAAAAGCUCAUUUCUCUUCUUCUUCCGGGUUUUGGUCUGUCUUUGUCGCUUCUCUCUCCUUCCCGUUGUGUCCCAUCUUCUUCGAAAUUUUACAAUUUGAACAAAAACCCUUGGGAAAAAGCAAAAGGUUUUCAAAUUCGUAGAGACACAGGGAAGGAGAGAUUGAUUGUUCCUGAUUGUUGUUGGGGAUGAUGGAUCUAAGGAGAUUAGCGUUGGUGGUUGUGACUGUGGCGGCGAUGGCGGUGGGUGAACUCAGUUCUGGUUGUUUGGGGAACGAGUUGACUUUAAAUGUUAAACGUAAAUUUGCAGGCCGGGGAGAGGAUUUAAGUGCAAUGAGAGCUCAUGAUAUUCGUCGUCAUGGUAGGCUUCUCUCGACUAUCGCUGUGGAUCUCCCUUUAGGUGGCAAUGGUCACCCUUCUGAAACUGGGCUUUAUUUUGCUAAAAUUGGAUUAGGAAAUCCUUCAGAGGACUAUUAUGUUCAGGUUGAUACCGGAAGUGACAUUCUAUGGGUGAAUUGUGCUGGAUGUGAAAAGUGCCCCACAAAAAGUGACCUUGGUCUAGAUUUAAAAUUAUAUGAUCCAAAGAGGUCCUCCACUUCAAGGCUUGUUUAUUGUGAUCAAGAUUUUUGUACUUCGACAUAUGAUGGUCCACUCCCUGGUUGCAAGCCCAAUCUUCAGUGCCAAUAUAACGUCAUUUAUGGUGAUGGAAGCUCUACCGCUGGAUACUUUGUAAAGGACAACAUACAAUUGGAGCAAGUGACUGGUAACCUUCAGAGUAAAUAUGCAAAUGGGACUGUUGUUUUCGGGUGUGGUGCUAGACAAUCCGGGGAAUUAGGAUCAUCAAGUGAAGCACUAGAUGGGAUACUGGGAUUCGGACAGGCAAAUUCUUCUAUAAUUUCACAACUAGCUGCUUCUGGGAAAGUAAAAAGAAUGUUUGCACACUGUUUGGAUAAUGAUAACGGAGGUGGAAUCUUUGCAAUUGGUGAAGUGGUAUCACCAAAAGUCAAAACAACACCCAUGGUUCCAAAUCAGGCACAUUACAAUGUUGUAAUGAAGGAAAUUGAGGUUGGUGAUACUCUACUACGACUUCCAAGUGAUGUUUUUGAUACCGGAGAUCAAAAAGGAACAAUAGUGGAUAGUGGUACAACCUUAGCGUAUCUUCCAUCUGCAAUUUAUGAGCCACUAAUGGCAGAGAUUCUCUCCCUGCAACCUGCUUUGCAAUUGCAUUCUGUAGAAGAGCAAUUUACUUGUUUUCAGUAUAUGGAAAAUGUUGAUGAUGGGUUUCCGACUGUAAAGUUCCAUUUUGAAGGUUCCCUUACUUUAACAAUUUAUCCCCACGAGUAUCUGUUCCAAAUUCGUGAAGAUAUUUGGUGUUUUGGUUGGCAGAACAGUGGAACACAAUCUAAAGAUGGCAAAGAUAUGAUUCUCUUGGGAGACUUGGUGCUUUCAAAUAGGUUGGUUGUAUAUGAUGUAGAAAAUCAGACCAUUGGAUGGACUGAAUACAAUUGCUCUUCCAGCAUCAAGGUGAGGGAUGAAAGUUCGGGGGUCGAGUACACUGUCGGUGCCCAUGAUAUUGCUUCAGGUUCCAGUUUGAGAAUGGGAGGAAUUCUAACAUUAUUGUCUAUAAUAAUUGCUUUACUGCACAGUUCUAUAGCUUGAGAUUGCUGGAAUCAGUUGUGAAACAUUCUUUGAUUCUGUUGUACCAUAAUUCAUUUUUGUGUGUGUGAAAAUGUGGGUCUUUUUUUCUCUACUCGGAUACAGUAGUUAAUUAAUUUACACAGAUACUGUAAAUAAAUUUGUUUGGAG